AUGCAAGAAAAGGCAUUAUUGUACGAAGUCACGCUGAGCAAAUUACGUGAAUGUUCACAGGUUGUUGAAGAACUACAUCAGAAAGUGCUCGAUACACUGUAUGAUGUGAUAGCAGACGGUAUUAGAAAUCGGCAAGAGAUGCAACAGGAAAUAGCUGAAUUACGACAAAAUUUAUCAUCUAAAUGUCCACUAAAAACAUUUCUCUCCUUUGCUACUUCUAUUCGUCAAUGCUACUGGGCUUUUGACGAAAAACCAUUCCAUAAACACACAUGGCACCAUUCGAAACGUCGACCUUAA